ACAUCUUUAACCUGCACACAAUGUGGAAAGAGUUUUGCAUACAAACAAAGUCUUAAAGUUCACAUGAAAAUCCACACUGGAGAGAAGCUGCACACAUGUGAUCAAUGCGGGAAGAGUUUCACACAAAAAUCCGGACUUAAAGAACACAUGAAAAUCCACACUGGAGAGAAGCCAUACACAUGUGAUCAGUGUGGGAAGAGUUUCAGUAAGGCAGACACCUUUAAAUUACAUCUGCGUUAUCAUUCUGGAAAAAGACCUUAUAACUGUGAACAGUGCGGUAAAGAUUUUUUUAGGUCAGAUGCCCUGAAGAACCACCUGAAAGUUCAUACACAGGAGAAGCCUCACAUUUGUUCUUUGUGUGGAAAGAGUUUUAGUGAGCUGGCAGCAUUAAAAAAGCACCAGAGAAGACACAGCGGUGUGAAGAAUCAUAUGUGCUUUGAUUGUGGGAAUGUCUUUUUUGAUAGUGCUCAACUGAGACGGCACCAGAGAACUCACACUGGAGAAAAACCUUACAAGUGUUCACGCUGCGACAAGAGUUUCAGUCAGUCAGAACAUCUGAAAACACACGAGAGGGUUCAUACUGGAGAGAAGCCGUAUCCAUGUGACCAGUGUGGGAAGAGUUUUGCCCGAAAAGGACAUCUUAAGGGUCACAUGAAAGUCCACACUGGAGAGAAGCCGUAUCACUGCCCUCCGUGUGGGAAAAGUUUUGCUUGGUUAAAUUCUCUACUCAAUCAUACAAAAGACAAAUGUCUGAAAUCAGAUUAAGCAGUUAAUCUUCAGAUCCAGCACGUUUAAGUGCAAUGCUUACGCUAAUCUUAGUCUUAUAAUUCAACAACAUGUAGUUAAUAAUUUUGAAAUGCAAAUUAAGUUUUAUGAAUACUUUUUGAUAUUAAAGCUUGUACAUGCCUCACCUCACUGACUGAGAUUGAAAGAGAUGGCUGUCUGUCUGCAUCAUUAACUGUUUUAAUCUUCAUAUCCAGUAUCAUAUAAAAACCCCAAAUUGGUUUUAAAGCAUUUUAAAGAAGUUAUGAGAGUAAGCAGUGAAAGUGAAAGUCUGGCCCAUGUAUCUAUAAUCAGUUGAUAGACAACCAUUUUAUUCCUUUUCAGAAUUCUGGGGGCUUCAUCAAAAGAGUAUAAUAUUGUAAUUAAUGUCAUUCCUAAUGUAAAAAAAAAGAAAAAAAAAGAACCCACAAUGCCUAUGUUUUGUCUUUAAUAGGCAUAUAGAAUAACAUACGGUAUAUAAAAAUAACUUACUACUUACUUUAAUCUUGUAUAAUUUUGUUCCUUUG